AUGGCGGAAAUACAGCAGACGAUACCGAUCGAACUCCCGAAGAUGAGGUUGGAAAAAUUCGACGGAGAUCCUACGAAAUGGGAACAUUUCGAGGACCUAUUUACCGCCGGAGUAAUAACCAACCCCACGUUAACGGACGUGCAAAGGUUGCAAUACCUGAACACCUGUAUAACCGGGAGAGCCGCAGCCGCUAUCGCAUCUCUUGCGAUAACGGAUUCAAAUUUCUCAGUAGCGUGGUCGACCCUGAAAGCAGAAUUCGGGCUCCCACGCUUGGUACUGAUCAAGCUACUUGAUCGGAUUCUGAGAUUGACAAAAAUCCGAAAAGGCGACCUGUCGAGUGUUCAGCAGGUCACCAUCGGUUUUCGGCAAGCACUCGCUAUCCUUGCAAAAAAAGGAACAGUGGAAGAGCAGCUUAGUUGGUUGUUAACACACAUAGUAGCAAGCCAAUUUGAUGCCGCGCUGCAAGGGGAAUGGCAGCGAUCCCUCAAGAUGUCAACAGAAUAUCCGUCGCUUGAGGAGAUCAUGAGAUUUCUCGACCAGGAGGCACGUGCUAUGACCGUCAUUGACGAACAUAACCGAAAACCUGGGUUAAAACGGGAAAACAAGCCGCCAGUACGGAGUCAUAACGCCGUCGUGGAGUCCUCCCCUACGCAGCGAAAGUGCACGAUUUGCGGACAAACGCAUGCACUCUCGGAAUGCGGCACAUUUAAGCGCUUCUCCACACGAGUACGUUACCAGAUCGUAAAGUUCAGUCAGGGAUGUAUAGCCUGCCUGGCCCUGGAUCAUGACGUAAGAGGCUGCCGGAGCCAACAAGGUUGUUCGAGAUGCGGUGGCAGGCAUCACGCGCUGUUGCAUUUCGAACAAUACGAAAAGGAGGCUGGAAGCCAGACGCCGAAAUCGAAAUUUUCGAACGGCAAGCGCGAGGAACGGCGAGAUAACGCCCCUCCACAGCGCCGUACGGCUAAGGCGAAAGCCAGCACCGAUACCUCGAACGCGCAAGCAGCUACGUCACACUGUACGGCGAGUACAGACGUACCGAGGCCGGUGCUAUUAGCAACCGCGAUCGUACGAGUGUACGGAGAAAAUGGCGCGUCGCAUUUAACGCGCGCGCUGUUAGAUCAAGGGUCCGAAACAUCCUUCAUCUCGGCGAAAUUGAGGAAUGACCUCAACCUCCCGAGGAAGAAAACCUCAGCCACAGUAUCGGGCUUGGGGGGUGGUCGGACCCAAAAAAUCAAGUACAGCGUAGGGCUGAAUUUGGGAACGGCUUCCGGGGUAACCCCUGUGGUUUCGGCAAGAGCGUACGUCGUGACAAAAAUCACGAAUUAUGCCUCGCCAUCAGUAAACGCGCUCGAUAACGACGCGUUGCGAAACCUGAAGCUCGCCGAUCCCGAGCCCGCGUCUGGCCAAAACAUUGAAGUUUUGAUCGGCGCAGAUUUGUACGCUCAAGUUAUUCGGUCGGGAUUCCGUCGAAUAUCUCCCGAAGGGCCUAUUGCACAAGAAACUGCAUUUGGCUGGAUAUUAUCCGGACCGAUAGAUGCAGCGAGCAAGGCCCAGGGUCACGUGCGAACGUUGCAUUGCAACAUAUUCGAAUCGCUGGAUCACGCGAUUCGACGGUUCUGGGAAAUUGAAGAAAUUCCCUCGACCUCGGUGCUUACAAAAGCAGAGGAAGAGUGCGAAGCUCAUUUCCAAAAAACUGUCGCACGGGAUGCAACGGGACGGUUUAUCGUUCGAUUGCCAUUUAAUCAUCCGAAACCGGAAGGAGCACUGGGAGAUUCACUCCGUAUCGCUCUUUCCGCGUUAACAAGGUUGAGAAGGAAAUUGGACAAGGAUCAGACCCUCGUACGAGAAUACCAAGAGUUUCUCACGGAGUAUGAGUCGUUGGAGCACAUGACUCGUAUCGAGCCCUCUGAAAAAUCCAGACUCUACAUUCCGCAUCGAGCGGUCAUCCGUACGGAGAGUGCAACCACCAAACUACGAGUCGUGUUUAAUGCGACCAGCCGUAUAGUGGGUGGACAAUCCAUAAACGACAUCCUGCACGUAGGACCGAAACUACAGAACGACAUCACGUUCACAGAGCUGAAAGCAUUCGAGUUAAAUACCGUUACGUACGGAACGGCGUGUGAACCAUAUUUAUCGAUGCGGACUCUUCUCGAGUUGAAAAAACGGGACGGUGACAGAUUCCCUCUCGCCGCCUCGAUACUUGAGAAGGACAUAUACGUUGAUGACGUAUUCAUGGGGGCACCCGACACGUCCUUGCUGGAGAAAAUUCGUAUCCAAGUUUGCGAACUCCUACAGGGCGGUGGGUUUCAAUUGAGAAAGUGGGCUGGCAAUUUGCAGAAAGUGCUGCGAAACAUCCCGCAAAGUUCUCACUCCCACGCUGUCGAUCUCACCUUGUUCAAUGACUCCGAACUCAAGGUGCUCGGAUUACGAUGGAUACCAUCGGGUAAUUAUUUCUGUUUCAACCCGCAACGGUUCCAACCGGCUGCAGGCCCUAUUACAAAACGAACUUUGUUUUCCGAAAUAGCCAAAUUAUACGAUCCGCUCGGCUGGUUAUCACCAGUCGUAAUUCGUGCGAAGAUGCUGAUGCAAUCCCAAUGGCUGGAAAAAAUCCAGUGGGACGAUCAUGUCUCCGCGAAUACGUUAAAAACGUGGAACACGUUUUGCGAGGAUUGGGGUAGUUUGGAAAAAGUAACAUUUCCCAGAUGGAUCCGUUACGGAGCAGAUGCAGUUUCGGUGGAAUUACACGGAUUCUGCGAUGCUUCGCUCGGAGCAUACUCGGCCGUCACGUAUUUACGCGUGACGACCAUGACCGAGGAAGUUUUCACAACCUUGAUCAUGGCAAAAACAAGGGUGGCUCCAAUAAAGACGUAG